AUGCGAAUGGAGAAAGUAAGUGUGUCGCAACCAGCUGAUUGUCCUUCAAGAAUAUUGUAUACCAGGUACCUCGACGGCACCGCCAGGAAGACGCCUCCAGAUCCAGCGCUCAACUCGUCGUCGGGCAUAAACCGCUUCGGCGACCUGACGGACGAGGAGUUGGCGGAGGUCUACAACUGUGCUGUGGACCCUCAGCGCCUCCCCCUCCUCGACGACGUCGACACCCACCGCUUCACCCCCGAAGCUGCUGUGUCCCAGCCGACGAACCUCCCCUAUGGCGUCAACUGGGCGGGGAUGGGCUUGGACGGCAGCCCGCCGGCCAUCAGCAGCGUCAAGGACCAGGGGCCCAGCUGUGGCAGCUGCUGGGCCUUCGCAGCUACCGCGGCUGUGGAGGGCCUGCACGCCAUUAAGACCAAGACCCUGUCGAUUUCACUUUCGGAGCAGCAGAUUGUCGAUUGCGACACCUCGAUCGAGCAACGGGUGCACAAACGGGUGGGGCAGGACUGGCGCCGGAGUCUGUCUAUCCCUACAAGGGAAGGCAGGGCUCUUGCCAGAAGGUCGAUCGUCAGCCCCCUGAUCCCGAUCGAAGGACACAUUUUAGUGCCAUCAAAUUCUGAGCUGGAACUCAGAGCUGCCGUGGCCCAUCAACCGGUCAUCGUGACUGUGGAUGCUAGCGGGAACGCCUUCAAGAAGUACGACGGAGGUGUCUUCCGCGGACCUUGCGACAACAACGGCGGUGGCCACCAGAUGACGGCGGUGGGCUACUCCUACAACCUGAUCACCCACGAGACCUACUGGACUCUGAAGAACUCGUGGGGUCGUAACUGGGGAGAGAAGGGAUAUAUGAGGCUGUUGAGAGAGAUCAACAGCACGGGUCCCGGUCUCUGCGGCAUUCAUAAGAAUGCAUUUUACCCAUGGCGGCGCGAUUAG